AUGAGUGGUGGUAGAGGACGUUACCAUCCAUACAAAUCGGCCCUUAUUCGUAGUCGCGGUCGCAGUCGCAGUCAGGCCGCCAAACAACAAGAACCUCAACCCUAUCUGCCACCUACACAACCACAGCCACGGCUACCUCCGGCAUCGACAUACACACCGUCGGCAAACAGACAACCGCAACCAUUUGUGGCACCGGUUGAACCGCAGAUUUUUAGGCCAGUUAUACCCGAGAAAUCGGAUUUAAAUUUAAUAGAACAGCUUCCACCGCAAAGACCAUUAAGACCGUGGCCGACCAGACAGCCACAAAUACAGACGCCAGUCUCAUUUCCGCCAUUUGGAGCUUUCAACUAUGGAACACCGGGACAUCAUGAUCAGCCACGACCAACGACACCGACACCAUUGUUACCGUCGGAAGCACCGGUAGAACAGCAAAAAGAGUGGUGGUAUCCAGAAACAUUUCCAUCACUACCAUCAAUUGGACCGGGCAAUGCUGGAGCACCGGUAGAACAGCCAAAAGAGUGGUGGUACCCAGAAACAUUUCCAUCACUUCCAUCAUUUGAAUCGGGCAAUGCUGGGGCACCGGUAGAACCGCCAAAAGAGUGGUGGUACCCAGAAACAUUUCCAUCACUUCCAUCAUUUGGAUCCAACAAUUCUGGACCGGGCAAUGCUAAUAUCUAUGGACCACCACCACAAUCACCACUACCACUAACACCACAACCACACCAAUCACCACAAUCUCCACCAACACCAUCACCAUCAUUAACACCACCGUUACCGUCAUUCAAUUUUUUUGGACAGAAGGACAAAAGUACACCAUUUCCGGUACCACCAUUACCGGCCAAUCCGCAACAAUCAUAUGUGGCAGUACCGCAGGUGUCACCAUCGCAAGUGUCACUUCCCUCAUUUGGAUCCCUUAGUUUUGGAUCUUACAAUUCUAAUGUACGAACUCCAUCACCGCCACCAUUAACAACACCACCAGGACUACCAUCGCCGGUAUCCCAAUUGGGUCCGCAAAUAACGUUGCCGUCCAACUUCCAGUUGCCAUUUGGACCGCACGAUUCAACUAAAUCAUUAGUGCCAUCAAUUCAACAACCGGGACAGCCAGUGUCGCCAGCAUUAGUAACACCAGUGCCGAAAUCACAUGUAGCAGUACCGCAAGUACCGUCACCGACACCAACAACGUCAGCAUCUUUUGGGUCAUUGCCAUCAUUUGGAUCACUCAGUUUUGGAUCGGGCUUGAAAACACCGGUUCCCCAAUUGCAACCAUCGCCAGUGCCAGUGCCACCGGGACCGAUAGUACCGUCAGCGGCCAAACAAUCUCAAUUUUAUGUGCCACCCACCAAUAUAUGGUCGCAACCACUAUUAUCGCCGCAGCAAACAUUGCCACAGUUUCUCAACAUUCCAGGCGGCUCUAUAUAUGGACCUCAAGCAUCGGGACUACAACGACCACCACAACCGGUAACACCAUUUGCCAAUGUUCAACAACGGUAUCCCACUUGGCUGGACGUGGGCACCAAAUUUUCGAUACAAAUACCGGCAAACCAGCCGCUAACUAAUGAUGAAAUAGAUAUGACUAAAAAAGAAGGCAUUGAAUUUAAGCGUUCAUUGGGCACCGGCGGUUUCGGACAGGUAUACGAGUGUCAGCUAACAAAACCGAUAAACAAUAGGACUACAUAUCCCAAUCAAUUGUUGGCCGUAAAAAUUGUAUCCAUUAGUAAUUACCUAAGAGUGGGUAAUACACCCUAUCAAGCACUCAAGGCUAUGGUCUAUGAGUAUCGAUUGCACGAACCGCUAAAUCAUCCGAAUAUUGUCGAUACUAUAGACGUGUUUAAUAUUACUGAUCCGAUAACACAGUUCCCCUGUAUUAGACAAUUGAUUUUCAUGGAACUGUGUAGCGGAACACUACACCAAUUGGUCGUACAAAUGAUCCUAAUGACCGAAACGCAUGCCCGACAAUGGUUUACACAAAUAAUUAGAGGUGUCGAGUAUUUGCAUGGAAAGGGCAUCGCCCAUAUGGAUAUCAAAUGUCCGAACAUACUCUACAAGGGUCAGUUUCCGGGUCAGGCUGUUUUCAAAUUGGCCGACUAUGGUCUGGCAGCCCAGCAUCCAGAGGUUUUGGGUAAUAGAGGAACCAUUGGCUAUAUGGCACCUGAAUUGGCACCCAAUGCAACUGUACGUACCUUUCCGUGCGAUAUCUGGUCACUUGGUAUAACUUUGUGCGAAACACUGAGCGGUAUUGGAUUGUCUCGAAUGGUUGUCGACCAGUUCCGAUUGGUGACCAAUCAACAUGACUUUCUUCAGUUCAAACAAACUACACAGAUUCAAGUGGAUACAUACGCUUUUGUUGAUAUGAUAAUGGUGCAACCACCACCGGGACAGCCGCAACAACCAUCAGUACCGUCACCGGUUAUACAACAACUAAAUCUAACGAAAAAAGGUCAACCGCGCAAACAUAAAAUGCCGUCAAAACCGCGACAAUCUAAAAAGUCGUCAAAAUCACAACUACCACCACCAACACCACCAUCACUACCGACAUUACCAUCAAACGACAAGUCUGAAGAUAUAUUGCAGAAUGAGUGGUGGAAAAAAUUUUCAAAUCCAAGAAAUCAACAACAAAUGUUACCAACAAUGCAUUUUGCAUUAAAACAAUAUGCUAUUAUGUUUUAA